UCCAAUUCUGGAGCACGCGUGUAGACAACAGUGCUCGCUUGGUUGGGUUGUAGGCUGCACAGACCCGAACCCCCGACAACACAAGACUCGAAGGUGCCACCAUGUCUUGGCUCUUUGGAUGGGGCAGAGGCUCCAAAACACCUACGCCAGAAGAGGACACACCAUCUGCACCUGAAGGGGGGUCGGGGGGCAGCGGUGGAGGCGACAAGCCCAAGGACAAGUGGAGUAACUUCGACCCUACUGGACUGGAGAGGGCUGCAAAAGCUGCCAGAGACCUCGAUAGAUCCCGUCAUGCUAAAGAAGCACUGGGAUUGGCACGUAUGCAAGAACAAACAGUACAAUUGGAUCAUCAAACUAAGUUGAAGGAAUAUGAAGCAGCAGUAGAGCAACUGAAAGCUGACCAAAUCCGUGUCCAGGGAGAGGAGAGGAGAAAGACCCUGGGGGAGGAGACCAAGCAAAACCAAGCUAGAGCACAGUAUCAAGAUAAGUUGGCAAGACAGAGAUAUGAUGACCAGCUACGGCAACAGCAACUCCUCAAUGAUGAGACUCUUCGCAAACAGGAGGAGUCAGUCCAAAAGCAGGAAUCAAUGCGAAGAGCCACUGUUGAGCAUGAGAUGGAACUCCGGCACAAGAAUGAGAUGUUGCGCGUGGAGGCAGAGGCCCAGGCGCGCGCCAAAGUGGAGCGGGAGAACGCCGACAUCAUCCGUGAGCAGAUCCGCUUGAAGGCAGCCGAGCACAGGCAGACCGUGCUGGAGUCCAUCAAAACUGCAGGUGCUGUGUUUGGAGAAGGCUUUCAAGCAUUUGUGACCGACUGGGAUAAAGUCACGGUUACUGUGGCAGGAUUGUCCCUGCUGGCAGUGGGCAUUUACUCCGCUCGCAACGCCACAGGGGUGGGUGCCCGCUACAUCGAAGCGCGCCUGGGAAAGCCCUCGCUGGUCCGCGAGACCUCCAGGAUUAGUGCCGGCGAGGCAAUAAAGCAUCCCGUCAAGACAACCAAGCGCAUGUUCAGCAAGGCCCAGGAUGCCCUGGAGGGAGUUGUGCUGAGUCCUGGCCUGGAGGAGCGUGUUCGUGACAUUGCCAUUGCUACACACAACACCCGCAAGAAUCGCGGCCUCUACAGAAAUAUUCUCAUGUAUGGACCUCCUGGCACUGGCAAAACCCUCUUUGCAAAGAAACUGGCUCUGCACUCUGGGAUGGAUUACGCCAUCAUGACUGGCGGAGACGUUGCACCCAUGGGCAGAGAGGGCGUCACUGCCAUGCACAAAGUCUUUGACUGGGCAAGCACAAGCAAGCGCGGCCUCCUGCUCUUUGUGGAUGAAGCGGACGCCUUCCUGCGCAAGCGAUCGACCGAAAAGAUAAGCGAGGACCUACGAGCUACCCUCAACGCAUUCCUCUACCGCACCGGAGAGCAGAGCAACAAAUUUAUGUUGGUGCUGGCCAGUAACCAGCCUGAACAGUUUGACUGGGCCAUAAACGACCGUAUUGAUGAGAUUGUCAACUUUGCCCUUCCUGGACUAUCAGAGAGGGAGAGGCUGGUGCGGCUCUACUUUGACAGAUAUGUGCUGGGCCCAGCCUCCACAGGCAGACAGAGAAUGAAGCUGGCGCAGUUUGACUAUAGCCAGAAGUGUACGGAUAUUGCUAAAUUGACGGAUGGUAUGUCAGGCCGUGAAAUAUCGAAACUUGGUGUGGCCUGGCAGGCUGCUGCAUACUCAUCGGAGACUGGAGUCCUGACAGAAGCCAUGAUUGAUGUUCGGGUCACUGAUGCAGUCCAGCAGCACAUGCAGAAGAUGGACUGGCUGCAUACUGGAGGGGCUGCAGAGAGCGUUGGCAAGGUGGGCAUCAUUUUGCCAAAAGAGGCUGAAGCAGAUAGCCCCGGUCAGAUAGGAUUCACUGCAGAGGAGGUUCUUCCACCUGCCCAGGACUCCACUCCAGUUAUUCAGCAAAUUCUUCCAGUGGUGGAGGCAGUCAUGGCUGAAGUGAAGGCGGCUGAGGCUGAGGCAGCUCCAGUCGUAGAAGCAGCAGCUCCUGCUGCCAAAGAGGUGGAGGCCCCCGUUGGAAGUGCCGUGGCUGAACCACUGGUGCAGGAGGCUGAGGCUGCUGCUGUCAAGGAGCAAGAGGCUGCUGCAGCCAUUCCCAUUGUCCAGGAGGUAGACAUCACUGCAGAAGUCAAGGAAGUGGAGACUGCUCCUGAGGUUGCCAAGGAGGCAGAAGCUCCAGUGACUGAGGUCGCCAAGGAGGCAGAAGCUCCAGUGGCUGAGGUCGCCAAGGAGGCAGAAGCUCCAGUGGCUGAGGUCGCCAAGGAGGCAGAAGCUACCGUGGCUGAGGUCGCCAAGGAGGCAGAAGCUCCAGUGGCUGAGGUCGCCAAGGAGGCAGAAGCUCCAGUGGCUGAGGUCGCCAAGGAGGCAGAAGUUCCAGUGGCUGAAGUCGCCAAGGAGACAGAAGCUCCAGUGGCUGACGUCGCCAAGGAGGCAGAAGCCACCGUGGCUGAGGUCGCCAAGGAGGCAGAAGCGCCAGUGGCUGAGGUCGCCAAGGAGGCAGAAGCUCCAGUGGCUGAGGUCGCCAAGGAGGCAGAAGCUCCAGUGGCUGAGGUCGCCAAGGAGGCAGAAGCUACCAUGGCUGAGGUCGCCAAGGAGGCAGAAGGUCCAGUGGCUGAGGUCGCCAAGGAGGCAGAAGCUACCGUGGCUGAGGUCGCCAAGGAGGCAGAAGCUCCAGUGGCUGAGGUCGCCAAGGAGGCAGAAGCUACCGUGGCUGAGGUCGCCAAGGAGGCAGAAGCUCCAGUGGCUGAAGUCGCCAAGGAGGCAGAAGCUCCAGUGGCUGAGGUCGCCAAGGAGGCAGAAGUUCCAGUGGCUGAGGUCGCCAAGGAGGCAGAAGCUACAGUGGCUGAGGUCACCAAGGAGGCAGAAGCUACAGUGGCUGACGUCGCCAAGGAGGCAGAAGCUCCAGUGGCUGAGGUCGCCAAGGAGGCAGAAGCUCCAGUGGCUGAGGUUACAAAGGAGGCAGAAGCUCCAGUGGCUGAGGUCACAAAGGAGGCCUCAGCUGCUACAAGUUCCACAGACGCUGCCCCUGCUCAGGAAGCCCAGGGUACACCAACCCCAGCUUCCUCGGCUGCUGAGACUGAACCAGAAGACAAAAACAAGCCCAAACCAAAGGAUAAAGGCAAGAGCUCAUGCACCAUAUCAUAAUUAUUUAGCGACUUACAUUUCUGAAAUUGAGCAAUGCAGUAAAAAUGAUUUUGAGAAGAACAGUUAUUUUUUAACACAAAUAACUUGGGGAAUGUGAAGUGGUACUGAUUUAAUGGCGAUAAAUGGUUUAAUCAUUUCCUCUCUGUUAUGGGGGAUGAUGAGUAUACAAAAUGGGUUUUGGGGUCCAUGUGAAUAUUGUUUUUUUAGUCAGCAAAUUGAAAGGGAGAGGUCUGUUUUGCUUGGUUAAUACAGCAACGUAAACUUUACCUGUGUUCCUUACGCAGGUAAUGCAACACUGAAUUAAAUGGCCCCUCUCACUGUUGUUGACUGGGAAGAUAUACAAAAUAUCUCAUGGAUCAAAGCCUACAGCAUAUAAUAGAAAAUGUAUGCAAACGUAUACAGUACAGCCUGAUUUUAUUCCAAGUUUCUUUUUCUGUAUUGAAUACAAAUGAGCCACUUCAUCUUAGACCAGUAGACAUGAAACCAGCGUGCCUUCCGAAGUUCAGUGAAUGUGACCUACCACCGAAUAGUGAUGUGAACAUGCUUGGUAGAUUGACCAGCACCUGAAACUCUUACUCUGUUGGAAAGGCAGUUUGCCAUAUUGCCAGCUACCAGUGUAGAGAAGGUAUCCAGAAGUUUUGUUUUCUUAUGCUGUUGAGAGAGGAUUAUGAUUUCCACUGUCAGCGUUACUCUUACUUGGUAACUGAUAAGUAAUGUGGUUAAACCUAAUACACAGACAUGCAUUACAUUUAAUGAAACCCGUACUUUGAAAUGUAUGUUUCAUUGUUACAGCAGAUUUUGUCUUCCGUUCUUUCAUAAUGUGAAAACUGAUUUUACAGUUCAACUUUCAAUUCCAUUUUUCACAAGGGGUCACCAGUGUGUCCUAUUUAUGGUUGGAUGUGUUUAUUGUCAGAUGUCAGUGUUUUUCAGAAAAUAAUUUGUGCCUUUCUUUGAUUGUUUUUUUUUUCUGGUGUAAAAUGAAUUGUCUAAAUAGGUUUGAUAUGAUGUAAUUAUUGUCUAUUUUGAAAAUAAAUGUCAGAAGUUGGAUUCUGGUA